UCCUUGGAGUCCACAGCAUCCACCGCCGGAGCCUCGCCUUCCUUUCUCCCUCUGCAGACAUAUCGAGACACAAAAAGAGAGGCAAACCCGAGACCAGUGAGAGGAACCCAGCCGCACCAUGACCGAAACCACCAAGACCCACGUUAUCUUGCUGGCCUGCGGCAGCUUCAAUCCCAUCACCAAAGGGCACAUUCAGAUGUUCGAGAGAGCCAGGGAUUAUCUGCACAAGACUGGAAGGUUUAUCGUGAUUGGUGGGAUCGUCUCCCCGGUCCACGACUCCUAUGGAAAACAGGGUCUCGUGUCCAGUCGACACCGCCUCAUCAUGUGUCAGCUGGCCGUCCAGAACUCCGACUGGAUCAGGGUGGACCCCUGGGAGUGCUACCAGGACACCUGGCAGACGACUUGCAGCGUGUUGGAACACCAUCGGGACCUCAUGAAGAGGGUGACCGGUUGCAUCCUCUCCAAUGUCAACACACCUUCUAUGACACCUGUGAUCGGACAGCCACAACAUGAGACCCCCCAGCCCAUUUACCAGAACAACAACAACGUGCCCGCCAAGCCCACCGCAGCCAAGAUCUUGGGGAAGGUGGGAGAAAGCCUCAGCCGGAUCUGCUGCGUCCGCCCACCGGUGGAACGCUUCACCUUCGUAGAUGAGAAUGCCAAUCUGGGCACGGUGAUGCGGUACGAGGAGAUCGAGCUUCGGAUCCUGCUGCUGUGCGGCAGUGACCUGCUGGAGUCCUUCUGCAUCCCAGGGCUCUGGAACGAGGCCGAUAUGGAGGUGAUAGUUGGGGACUUUGGGAUUGUGGUGGUGCCCCGGGAUGCAGCUGACACAGACCGAAUCAUGAAUCACUCCUCAAUACUCCGCAAAUACAAAAACAACAUCAUGGUGGUGAAGGAUGACAUCAACCAUCCCAUGUCUGUUGUCAGUUCAACCAAGAGCAGGCUGGCGCUGCAGCACGGGGACGGCCAUGUUGUGGAUUACCUGUCCCAGCCAGUCAUCGACUACAUCCUCAAGAGCCAGCUGUACAUCAAUGCCUCUGGCUAGCAGCCACACGGUUCUCUGCUCCACUCUCCCCUCGUCCUCUGCCAACACACGGGCCCCUCCGGUCUCUGUCAGUCCCCUGGUUUCUCUCCUGCCUCUCUGUUUCUCUGCAUUUUCAUUUUGACUGUUCUCUGCACUUGCUGACUUGACACCCCACAGUGUGGGGGACCCGCAAAGAACCAUGGCAUUCCCAAUUCCACCAUCUUUGGACAAACUUUCCUCUAGUCUCUGGGUUUGGGGUGGGUGAGGGAAAAGGGUGGGAGUUGGGGGAAGUGCAGUCCUUGGAGAUGUACUGGAGUCCGUCUCCCAGCAUGCUCUAGAGAGGCGGCUCUGGUGCCCAUCCUCCCAGCAUGCUCUGGGGAGGCGGCUCUGGCUCUCGCCUUCCCAGCAUGCCCUUUACCACAAAGGGCUAUUUUUCUUUUUAUUGAUUUAUUUUUCUUUGUUGACUUCUUGUAGAACUUGGAUGAAAUCAGUGUCAAUGGUUCUUUAUGUUUGUAGUCUUGAUACGCCCCUGUGGUAUUACUUCCCUUUUGAUAGGACACUAUAGCCAGCCUCAGCGCUCAGUGAGCACACGGAGGGCCACGUCCAGUAGAGAAGACUGAGCCACCUCCGCUUCUCCAACACACACACACACACACACACACACACACACAGCAGCAGCCACCGCCGCCUUUGGUCUGGAGUGAGACUUUCAGUCUCCAAAGCCUGGGAGGCAAGGCUGGGAAUAGUAGGGAUUUUCAGAUUUUGAGUCCAUUUCCUUAGUUUCAGACCGUCUUCCUGAUGGUCUUCUCGUUCCCCAGUGGCUUCUGUACAUUGACUUAUGUGGGCUGUGGUGAUGGCACUCUGUGGGUUCUCUGCCAGCCCAGGCAUUUCCAAGGAAACUUCAGAACCACCUAAGCCCUCCGAGGCCAGGCUUAGACAUGUUCCCGCAUCUGAGAAGGAUCACACAGGCAAGGCCAAAUCCUGAUAAUCCACUCAUUUCUUUUUAAAAAAAAAAGAAUGCUAGGAAUUCCUUCAACUGUAGAGAUCUUUGCUAAUUGGAAUUAUUUAUUACCCAUUUGGCUGGGAACUCUCUUCCAUAAAAGUUCAGGAUGACCUAAGAGAAAGCAAUCUGCUACCCUGAGGGGAAUCAGUGAUUCUCACCUACUUCAGCUGAGGCCACCAGGCGUGAGACCCAUUCCUUCUUGAGAAGCAGCACCUUGGCCUUGUGUCGGCCUGGUCUCUCACCUGCAGAGCCCUGCAGCCACAGGUGCCACCUGAGGAAAUCUGCCUGACACAGGAGUGGGUUCUCAGAAGAGAGAUCAUGGAGGAGUCAGGAGCCACUAAGCUAUUUCCCCCUUUUUCUCCUCAAUUUCCUGCCUUCCCUCUCUGCCCCUGGACAGAGACAGUUUUGACAGAUUCUGUUCUGGUUGUUAACACCUCACUCAUGCCUGCUUAAAGAACAAAAGGAAAUUACUCUCUCAUGCUUCAUGUCUUUCAUCCAGCUCCUGGGUUUCUUAUUGUCUUUGAGGAAGGGUCCCCAAGGAUUGGAUACCUUGAUCCAAAUCUAUUGUGCAUUACGGCCCAGGUGGGAUCUGAGUCUAGGGACAACAUUCUUUACCACAUGUUUCAUGUCUGCAGUAUCCUUCAGUUGCCUCCAGGAAAAGGAAAUGGAUCUGACAGAGCAAUGUGACAGAGUGGCACCCAGAGAAGGUAUAUUGCUCUUGAAUUAAGGAAAUAAUCUUCAAAGGAAGAAAUGAAAAUAUUGUUCAUGAUAAUUGGGUUAGGAACCAUAGAAUGAUAAACUGAAAAAAUCUUAGAGCUCAUUUGCUUCAACACUCUCCUUUAAAAGAUGAAGAUGGGAUUAGUGGCUGGUCCAAGAUCACACAACAAGUGCAGAGCCUGAUGAGAGGAUAUUGUCUCCCUGAAACAGAAGAAAACAUGGAGCUGAAUUUCCUGGGGUAGCAUGGUGUUUUCAAGGACCCGAAGUUUAUGGACAGAAUUUAUGAGGAUCCACAUGAGCAGACCUGAGAAAGACUAGACUUCUUUUCUUCCUUUGGUCCACUCUGUUGUUCUGCUGGACUCUGGUCAAGCCCCAUUAAGUUCACAACUCACCAGAAGGAACCAGGCUGACUCUGUUCUCUCAGUGUGGGGGUAGGAGGGCAUGUGGGAGCAGGAGGGAGAGAUGAGCCAAGGAAAAGAAAGGGUACAAUAGAAGAUUUCCAGGAAGGAGAUGGAGCAGGUCACGUCUUGGUAUAGCACAGGAGUUGUGUUAAAAAUGGCUUUCCUUUAAUGAAAGCAAAGUGAAUCCCCUUUCAGGUAGAACUGUUCACUCCCCACCCUGCUCCAUUCUUCUUUUGCUGGGGGAAGGUCAGAGAACCUCUGAGGUCAGGACAGGACUUUGUGACUGCAACCCAGUUACAGCCACCACCAGAAAGAGGGUGUCUAGAGUUUCAAGUGGCACCCCAGGAACCAACAGGCUAACUGCUGAACCCUGACUUUCCCUCGAGGAUCCCCCACCUUCCUAUAAAGGCCAACCCAAGGACCAUGGCAUGGCUCGGAGAUAGUGAGAAAGUCAGGGACUGGAUUAAUCAUGCCUUGAGGGAUCUGGAGUCUCCUGUCCUGCUAUCAAUAUUAUGCAUCACUCCCAUUCUUCUGAAAGUGACUAAUGUUGGAAGAGGCAGGAGGGGGACCUUUUGUUUCAAUGACUCUCUCCUCAAGGAAUGGCCCUCUGGGGCUCUGUGCUGCUAGCAGCCUGGGUCUCACACACCCAGCCCCGGGUAGCCUCCAGGAGACUGGCUCGCAUUUUCCUUGAAUGCACACUGGGCGGGGAGGCAAGUCUGUUACUGAAGUGCCUGAAACCAGAGACAGAGCUUCUGGAGGCCACGCUCUUCCUGUCUCAGACUGGCCAGCUUCCUCAACGUGCUCUAAAGCUCCACCUCUCAGAAAGAAUCAAAGGAGUAGAAAGUAAGACUCAAUAAUCAAAUGACAGCAAAAGGCAGAGAAUGACAGGGAGAAACCUGUACUACAACCCAAAUCUGCUCUUCCCCAGAUGGAGACACACAGAUUCACGUUUUUAGGGGACAUCAAAAGAGCAACGCAAAAAUACAACAGUAGCGUACGAAAAGCUCAGGAUCUCUCCCAAGGUUAUGGCAGGAGAGUCAACAGGUGAGAUGGGAAGGAUGGAAACAGGGACUGAUUUUGUAGCUCAUAAGAUUUGGACACCUUAGAAAUAACGUCUUGGUAAUGAUGAUGAAUCUGCUCUGCCAAAUUCAUCCAGUCUGCUCUUUCCUGUAGCUGCCCAGUAAACUAACUCUUCCUGUGGUUUCUUUGUCGUGUGAGUCUGGAGUAUCCGUUUAGUCUGCUCCAGUUGGUAAGGAAUGAGGUACAGCUCCCUCCCGCCCCUUUCAGUCUAGUCCCAGGUCCAGAGCUCAGCAUGAUCCUUGUGGUCUUGAGGGUUGGUUUGGGGAGGAGGCAGCUCUUUUUUUUUUUUUAAUAACUUUUCAGUCAUAUAUCUGCCAUCUUAACGGUAAAUUUUGCUUUAUGGACAUCUAAUCAUCAAUAAAAUACAUUCAAGUUGCAAUACCAUUUCACAGUGAAAUAUUUUGAGUAAAAUUUUGUUGCUAGAAUAGUCAUGGACAAAAGUUUUAUCAGCAAAAUGUUUCAAUUAUGUUAAUAAAUAAGACAAUGCUA